UGAUGACGCAUCUGCAGGGUACAGGACGAUGCGAUAGUAGCCCCUGUAAAGAAGGAAGAUAUCGACAUGUUCACAUGCCUCAUGUACAAAAAAGGCAGGAGGUCGGGCAACUGAUGGAUAGAGCUCAUAAUAGUAUAAAACCAGCCAUCUUGCCCUCACAACUUGGUUCUGCUUUUCUAUCCUCCAUCACUGCUAUCAGCUCCGUCUCUCUUUUCCCCAGCCGGCACCAUCACACCAGAUCACACAUCCUCAACAAGAUGCGCUUCUCAUCCAUCGUCCUGGGCCUCGCCGCCGCUGUAUCGGCCAUCGACAUCAGGGGCCACGAUCAGGAUAUCUGCAGAGGAGGAUACGUUGCCUGUGUGAACAUCGAUCCCAACGUCUGCUGCACGUUUGACGGCAAGGCGAGCAUCUGGGUGGCUGCCAUCCCACCAGCGUGGCGCAUCCGUGCCCGCUCCAUGACGGGCGGCGGCUGCUCGUACCUCGCGACCGAGGGCGACAACAACGGCACCCAGGACAUUUGCCUGGCGUACACGUCGCGCGGCCUCCGCACCGGUGCCAGGUACUGGUUCCUCAACCUCAAGCGCGCCGAGGACGAGACGUGCCCCGCCGCGCAGCCCGAGGGCGGCAAGUGCGAGGCCUCGGUCAAGCCCAACGUCCUGGGUCUCGCCGACGGUACCGAGUACAACAUUGAGGGACUGUCGGAUGAAAAGGUUGCCGAGAUGGAGAAGAUCAUGGCCACUGGGGCGGGUGCCGACGCCAUGCCCGCCGAGUUCCAGAUCCUUCGCCGCUCCAUUGAGGUUUAAUAGCUAGGUCUGCAGGAGUCGUUCCGGGGACAGUUUAACUGCAUGGCAAAUCUGGCUGAUGCAAGAGCUGGACUGACAGGUUGUGACAUAACUGGUGGCGUUCUCCCUCAAUGAUUGUGAGCACCUUAGGACACACCCUCUCUGCUGUUAUAAUCUGCAUCACUAGCAAGACGAUCAUGAAUAAAAAUGAGU